CUCGCGCCUCGCCGUGCCCGCCGAAGAACAAAGAUCCGCUCCACGACACCCCACCCGACCGCCGACCAUGCCUGGCGUCAACUCGAUCAAGCUGCUCACGGGCAACUCGCACCCGGAGCUGGCCGCGAUGGUCGCCGACCGCCUCGGCAUUCAGCCCACGCCGUGCGUGUGCAAGAAGUUUGCGGACCAGUCGAUCGACGUGCGCAUCGGCUCGUCGGUGCGCGACGAGGACGUGUUCGUGCUGCAGACGUCGAACAGCCCCUACGUCGACCCCAACGACUCGCUAAUGGAGCUGCUGAUCAUCAUCUCGGCGUGCCGCACCGCCUCGGCGCGUCGCAUCACGGCCGUCAUCCCGUGCUUCCCGUACAGUCGGCACGAUAAGAAGGACAAGAGCCGCGCGCCCAUCACCGCCAAGCUCGUCGCCAACAUGAUCACCGUCGCGGGCGCCGACCACGUCAUCACGAUGGACCUGCACGCCUCGCAGAUCCAGGGCUUCUUCGACAUUCCCGUCGACAACCUCACGAGCGAGCCGAGCGUCGCGCGCUGGAUCCGCCAGUGCAUCCCGGACUACAAGAAUGCCAUCAUCGUGAGCCCCGAUGCGGGCGGUGCCAAGCGUGCCACGUCGCUGGCGGAUCUCCUCGGCGUCGACUUUGCGCUCAUCAACCGGAAUCGGAAACGGGAAGCCAACAAGCGGCUGCGCGCGGCCGCGGCCGAUGCCGCCGGCGUCUCGCGCACGUCGUCCUUCUCCGAUCUGCGUAGCGGCCUGAGCACGCCGAUGACGGGCAGCUUCAUGGUCGACCCGACCGCACACGCCGACCCGGCGAGCCGCAUCAGGGCCGAGGCGGGCCUCGGCGGCUCGCACGCGUUCGGGCAGCAGCUGGGCGUCGUCAACGCGUCGCUGGAGCGGCUCUCGCCCUCGGACGCGAGCGAGGCGGCAACACCGCGCGCCGGCGCUGCUGAGCACGCCUUGGCUGGCCACGGCGCCACGAGCACGUACAGCCCCGUGGCCAACGGCGUGAGCAUGAACGAGGCGGGCGAGUGGGUCACGACGGACGAGGACGGCCACCGCAUCGUGAGCGGCGGCAGCCGCGGCCCGAGCAAGGAACGUGCGGGCACGAGCGCCGUGGCGAGCGACGAGGCCGAGACGAAGAUGGAGAUUCUCGUCGGCGACGUCGACGGCAAGACUGCGAUCCUCGUCGACGACAUGGUCGACACGGGGCGGACGCUCGCGCUGGCCGCCAAGACGCUCAAGGAGGCUGGCGCCAAGGCCGUGUAUGCGCACAUCUCGCACGGCCUCCUCAGCGGCCAGUCGACGGCGCUGCUGCGGCGUCUGGACCUCGAGAAGCUGGUGGUCACCAACACGAUUCCGAACCUCGAAAAGGCGCGCGACUCGAACGGCAAGCUCGAGAUUAUGGACGUCAGCGCCGUUAUCGCCGAGAGCAUCCGGCGCACGCACAACGGCGAGAGCAUCAGCCUGCUCUUCCACGAGGACGCCAGCGUGCUGCUGUAGGCUGCGGGGUGUAGAUGGCGG